GAGACUUCUGGUCUUGCAGAACUCGGCGAUUCGGCAUCGCUCCGAACGCGUAAGCUCACGAGGAUGGGCGAGUGAACGGCACCAAGAUAGUCCAGCGCGCGCUCUGUCUCUCACUCUCACAUUCACGAUCUCUCCCUUCGUCCAGAUAAGCCCUGAAAAUGCCGACGCCGUCUCCAACUGUUCUAGGGUUCUCCGUCGUGUCCAUCCCCCUCCUAUCGGCAAUCGUCGGUGGCGUUCUUGCUCUGCUCCUAUUGGCCGAUUACUUCCGCCGGAAGCGAGCUGAAGUCGUGACGAUCGCCGAACCACUGGAGCUGAAGACUGCUGACCAAAAACACGUUGUAAAACCCCCUCCACUCUCCUCACGAAAGGCCCACGCGAGAUCUCACCACUCUCACGCUGCAGAGAAGGAUCAGAACAAGCGACAUCACCCUCUCGAUAUCAAUACCCUCAGGGGACACGUUGAUGCUGUCACUGCGCUUUGUUUCUCUUCGGAUGGCCGGAAUCUUGCCACCACUUGUUCCGAUGGAGUUGUUAGGGUCUUUACAGUGGACGAUGCUUCCAAUAAGAGUUUCAAGCUUCUGAAGAUACAUCUGCCACCUGGUGCGCAACCUACUGCCAUUGCUUUCUUGGAGGGGUCUUCCUCCUUGGUUGUGGCUGCUCAGGUUCUUUCAGGUUCCUGUCUAUAUAUGUAUGGGGAUGUCAUUUUGAAACCUGCUGGUGACAGUAAGCAGCAGGCUAAGGUUCCUGCUCCGGAGAUCAAAUGGGAGCAUCAUAAGAUACAUGAGAUGAGGUCGGUGCUGACUCUUGUUGGGGUCCCUGCAACUUAUGGAACUGCUGAUGGGAGCAUGAUCCUUGCUUCCUGCUCUGAAGGUACAGAUAUUAAGCUGUGGCAUGGGAAAAGUGGUAAAGAGUUGGCAACUGUUGACACAAAUCAGUUGAAGAAUAACAUGGCUACUAUAUCUCCCAACGGACGUUUCCUAGCUGCUGCAGCUUUUACUGCAGACGUGAAGGUUUGGGAAAUCCUGUAUGCAAAGGAUGGCUCUGUGAAGGAGGUUUCGAAAGUUAUGCAAUUGAAGGGGCAUAAGAGUGCUGUCACAUGUUUGUGCUUCACUCCAAACUCCGAGAAUAUAAUUACUGCAUCAAAAGAUGGUACCAUUAGAAUAUGGAAUAUUAACGUGCGCUAUCACCUGGAUGAGGAUCCAAAGACGUUGAAAGUAUUCAAGAUUCCCCUUAAAGAGGCUAAAGGCACCCCUUUACUUUAUGAUCAUAUGAGCAUCUCACCCGAUGGAAAAAUUCUUGCCGUCACUUCUGGUCCUACAUUGCAAUGGCUGUGUACUGAGACGGGGGAGGUUUUAGAUACAGCUGAUAAAUAUCAUGAAGGUGACAUUACAGGUAUUGCAUGGGCUCCUCAACUGAUUCCGAACG